UUUCAUCCAGCGUACAAUCAAAUUUUUUUACAUAGCUUUUUGAGCUGAAGAUGUCUUUCCGUGGUCGGGGACGUGGUGGAGGUGGAUUCAACAAUCGUGGAAGAGGAGGAUUUCGUGGCGGAGGACGAGGAGGUGGUCGAGGUGGAGGAAAUUUCAACAGAUAUUCAGACGAACCACCAGAAUGUGUCGUUGAACUUGGUAAAUUGAUGCACACUUGUCAAGAUGAACUUGUAUGCAAAUGUACGAAUGAAAAAAUACCAUAUUUCAAUGCACCAGUUUACUUGGAAAAUAAGUCAAGAAUCGGAAAAGUUGAUGAAAUAUUUGGACCAAUUCGCGACUUUUGUUUCUCCGUCAAACUAGCGGAUAAUAUGAAAGCGAACUCUUUUUCUAAAGAAUCAAAGUUUUACAUUGAUCCAAUGAAGUUGCUUCCGCUUCAGAGAUUUUUACCAAAACCUCCCGGGUCUGUGCAAAAGGGUGGUAGAGGAAGAGGUGGUGGACGUGGAAGGGGGGGUGGCCGUGGCGGAGGAUUUCGAGGGGGCCGAGGUGGUGGUGGUUUCAGAGGAGGCCGGGGUGGUGGAGGCUUCAGGGGUGGCCGAGGUGGGGGAUUUAGGGGUGGUCGUGGUGGUUUUCGGGGUAGAAGGUGAUCUCUCCAUUAGUGUGGAAAUUUUUUAAUCAUUGCACUGACAUGGUGAAUUGCCAGAACAAAAGGCAUUAUUCCCAUUUUUGCAUUCAUAAAUUCAAUCAUACAAGAACAUUGAAAUAUUUUUUUUCUACAAUGUAUUGACCGAACUGCAUUUCCUCAUCAAAUUUGCUUAUUUGUACAAAUGCAAAAGUCAUAUCAGCCAAUUAUUUGGGGAAACUUUAUGUUAUUAGUUGUCUGUUUUAAGCAUAUUUGGAUAAUGGUGGAACAUGCUUCUAGAUCUUUUUUUGAUAUGCUGAAUAUAUGGGUAAUGCGACUUCUAUUUCUAAAUCAUAAUAAGAGUUAUUCAUUGAUAUCACGGUUAUGGAGUCUUGAACAAAAUCAUGCAUAGGCACAAAUAAUAAAUUGAACUAAUGGUUUUCUGUUCUGCUUGGAUAUAUGGAAAGUAUCUUUUUAGGUAAAUAUCAAAUUUUUUCAGUUCAAAUGUGAAACUGCCAUUUUUAACAUUAUGUCAAUAAAAUUUUCUCUUAUUGAUUGUGUA